UAUAUAACUCUUCCUCUUCCUUUGCCAAUUUUCCAUUCCUCUUGGCCAUCAAAAUCAAAAGGUUGAUUCAUUCUUUCUUGUACAAACCAUUCUAUCCCUUAUUUUUAAACCCUCACCCUCCUUUUUUCGCAAAAAAUAAAAUCAUCCAUCAAAAUGAAGUUUACGCAGGUCGCACUUCCUCUUCUUUUCUCCGGUGCUGCUUUCGCCGCUCCAGCUGCCGACAAAACUUUGAAAGCGAGAUCAACUCAAAUCUGCGGUCAAUAUGAUAGUGUUGCCACGGGUGCUUAUACCGUUUACCAAGAUCUCUGGGGUAAAGAUUCAGCAACAUCCGGAUCUCAAUGUUCGACCGUUACUUCCUUGAGUGGAUCGACCAUUGUUUGGUCCACAUCGUGGAGUUGGGCGGGUGCUUCAAGCAGCGUUAAGUCGUAUGCCAAUGUGGCUUUGAACUCGGUUGUUACUGCUGGUGUCAAAGUUUCUUCGAUCUCUGCCAUUCCUGCGGUUUGGAAAUGGGGAUACACCGGUUCAUCCAUCGUCGCUGAUGUUUCCUGGGAUAUCUUCACUGCCUCUACCGCUGGAGGAACCAACGAAUAUGAAAUCAUGAUUUGGUUAGCCGCCAUCGGAGGAGCUGGACCAAUUUCUUCCACCGGUUCCCCUAUCGCUACCGCCACCAUUGCUGGUUAUGAAUUCAAAUUGUACUCUGGACCCAACGGAGAUACUACUGUUUACUCAUUCGUUGCAUCGACUGAAGCCACCAAUUUCAAUGGUGAUCUGAUGGAUUUCUUGAACUACUUGGCUACCAAUGAAGGAUGGUCUACUAGCCAAUACAUUAACGUUUUGGAAGCCGGAACCGAACCUUUCACCGGUAGCAACGCCGUCUUCGACGUCACCGCCUACAGCGUCUCCAUCACCCAGGGAAGUGCCGUCAAAGUUGUAGCCAGCUCAUCCACCCCCGUCACAUCCAGCAAAGCAACCCCCACCACCACCUCCACCAUCAAAGUCACCAGCACCAUUAAAACCACCGUCGCAGCCAUCCCCACCACCAAAGCCAGCUCUACCAAAACCAGUGUUGCCGCUGUAGCCACCAGCACCACUGCUUCAUCCACUGGUUCUGUUCCUUUAUAUGGUAACUGCACGGGAGGACUCGCUUGUGCCACGGGUACCUGUGUCGAGCAAAAUGCUUAUUACUCCCAGUGUUUGGCUGCUUAAAUGGAUAGAGUGAGACUAGGUCUUCACAAAUAGUUUACCAGUUUUCGAUAUCUUUAUUUCUUCUUACAUCACACAUCAUACAUCACCACGCACAUCACACAAUAAACACGACAUCACACAACAGCAAAAAUCACCAAGCGUCACACAAGAAGUUUAAAGCUAAUAUUAAGCCUUACAGUAAUCGCGACGAUUAUUCCCGAAUAUCUGAAUUGAAUAUUUAUUAACAGUUUCUUAUGACCUGAUAAUUGAUGGACAUUUCAGAUACACAUGGAGGAAUAUCUAAUUGAUGUGCUAGAGGCAGAUUUUGUAUAUACAUUUAUUUUCUGGAGGAUGCAUCCCAUGAGGGGUUUAUUUUGUGAAUACAUAUCUAGAAUGUUUUCCAACCUUUGAUGUUUUUGGUUUUAUCUUGUGAUGUGAUAAUGUGAUGGUGUGAUUCCGUGGAUAAAUAUAUUUGGAGUUGGG